UGAUUCACAAUUCUGCCAAGGCCUAGCCCUGCCUCUACUUUGAACUGCUGCUGGUUUUCUCCCAAUCCUUGGUGUACAACAGGAAGUAUACAAAACAAAAACUUCCCACCCACUAGUGCUUUGUUCAUUGAGACUCAGGAUGGACAAGUUGUUCCUGCUCAACCUAUUUACCUUUCUUUGCCUGGCUGAGGGAAGAUUUUUAACAAGACAAGAAGCAGACAAGAACUGCAAUCUAUGCACUGUUUUCCAUAUGGGGUUUUGUUAUACUGGAAUGAAGAGCUGCGCAGCGUCGGCUGGUGAUCACUGUGCCACCAAGAACAUCUAUGUAAUUCAAAAUACAGGUGAGGCUCGGUAUCAUUACUCAAAACUGACCUGUAAGUCAAACUGUGUGAAUGAGGACAUGACCUCCAAAAGAAAGAGGGUAGAAAUACUCUGCUGCCGUGAACAACAUUACUGCAAUAUGCCAUUUGGGUCCAAGAUCCCUGCUUCCUAAGAUAGAGGCUGAGUCCUAGAAAUGACCUCUUCUAGAGCUUUUUAUUCUGCUCUCUGAACCUCUAAAGCCAGCAAUUCCCUGAUUGGAUCCUGCUUUUAACAGAUAUGGGGGUCUAAUAAUAUUGAUGUCUCUGCUCGGGCGAUUCAGAAGCUAAAUAGUUUGACAGCAUUAAAAACCUUG